AUGGAGGCAGAGUUCGGUACACGAGCAGAUAACCUUUGGAGUGACCAAACCCUUGAAGCUGAUCCUAAACUUCCUCCAGGAUGGAGGACUAUCCGUGACACUUCUGGGACUUAUUACUGGCAUGUGCCAACAGGGACCACUCAGUGGCAGCAUCCAAUGUACAAUCCAGAAAUACCUAAUAGUUUAGAUGCUAUUCCGGAAAAGAGAGUUCAUAGGCUGUCAAUCACUAAUGGUUCUCCUGCUCAGCCUUUUCCUGGCACAGCAUCUGCUUCAGACAGGAGGCCUUCUCUUCAAUGGCAUGAUGAAGAUUUAUUUCGCAAUAUCAAUGAACCAGGAAGUAAGAGCUUUGCUGUUCAUUGUCUCGGGUGGGUUGAAAUUCCAGAAGAAGAUCUGGCUCCUGGGAAGAGCAGUAUUACUGUUAAUAACUGCAUUCAGCAGCUUGCCCACACUAAAUGUGAUGGCAGCGACAUGUCAAAUGAGGGACAAAAUAUGGUUAUGAUUUUGAAGAAAGAUACAAUGAGCUUGGUGGAUCCAUUAGAUCACAGUUUAAUACACUCUCAACCCAUCAUCAACAUUCGAGUAUGGGGAGUUGGCUGUAAUAAUGGAAGAGACAGGGACUUUGCAUUUGUGGCUAAUGACAAAGACACCUGCAUGCUGAAGUGUCACGUGUUCCGUUGUGAUAUGCCAGCCAAGGCCAUUGCCAGUGCCCUCCAUGACAUGUGCUCCAAGAUUAUGGCAGAAAAAGCAGUGGCUAACAAUACCAUGACCCGCUCCGUUACCUUAGAGACAAUCUCCCCAGAAGACUUACCUGUACAAGUUGAUAUUCUGGAUACAGUGCGAGAGUCCAUUCAGAAAUAUGAUGUGCUUUACCUUGGCAGCUUGCCCGUCUCAAAGCCAAUGGGGAUGGAAGUCUUAAAUGAUACAAUCGAGAACAUGAUCAGUACUACCCUCAGGGAAGAGUGGACGGAAGCUGUCAUUGAUGUGACAGACACGGUGCUGACUGUAAACCACAGAGAGGCUGCAGAAGAGGAACUUCUCUGGCAGUGUCAAGUUCGCUAUGUUACAUUUAUGGGGGUUGGAAAAGACCCGCACACAUUUGCGUUAAUUGUGGAUACAGGCAAACAGUCCUUCCAGUGCACAGUGUUUUGGUGUGAACCAGAUGCUGGACAUGUAUCUGAGGCUGUGCAGGCUGCAUGUAUGGUUCAGUAUCAAAAAUGUGUGGUAGCCUCAUCAUCAAGGAUUAAGUCAAGAGGUGGACCUGGAAAAUCUUUCUUGAAAAUUAAGAGGACUGCAUCUGUUGACUCCCCAAUCUCUACAUUCAAUUCGGCAGGUCACACUCUUCAGAAGAACGGGGGAACAAGUAAAAGAAGAGGAGUCAUGGCUUUCUUUGAAGCAUUUAAGCAGAGGCAUGUCAGGCAUACUCCUUAGAGUAGGUAGUGAUGUAGUAAAAGGUCACCUCUUUUAGCUACUUGCCUGUUUUCUAGAUAUUUUAGAAUGUUGUUUUCCGUCAUUUCAGAUUGAAUACAUAUGUUUAUUAUAUCUACUUGACUACAGGCAAAUUCAGGUGCUGUAAUUCUAUAUGCUAUGUUACUAAUGUUAUAGUACACAAGAAAUGAUCAAUGAGCAUAGACUGUAGACUGUGGGUCUUAUGUAGAGUAACCAAGGACAAAAAGUGAAAAUUAAUUUGGGAGCAAUAUAAAAAAUAAAGUACCAAGCAUCCUUCAAUGAAGCAAUAAGAUCCUUGAGGUUCUCUCAAAAUGUGUUCUCCUUAACGUUGACACCCAAAUAGCUUUACUAUGAUCCCAUUGAUUAUUGGUUUAACUUUAUAAUACAUCUCUGUAGCAGGU